UUUAGCGGAGAGGGGAGGACGAAGGGGAAGCAAGAGAGAUAUGGGAGGAGAAGAAGAUAAUCCGCUGCUGAAUGUCUGGAAAGGGGAGAAAGAGAAGGUAGGAGGAACGAAGGAGGAGGAAGAGGUUGAGACCUCCGUGGGAUGGACGGCCGACGGCCUGCCCCUUGGCCACGCCAGCGUCGUCGGCGAGCCCGUCGCCCGCUCCCAGUGGAACUCAUCGCUGUUCGCAUGCCUCGGCCGUAACGACGAGUUCUGCAGCAGUGACCUAGAAGUCUGCCUUCUUGGGAGUUUUGUUCCUUGUAUGCUUUAUGGGAGUAAUGUGGAGAGAAUUGAUUCUGGUCCUGGUACAUAUGCUAACCACUGCUUGCCCUAUACUGGUCUGUACCUUCUCGGGAACUCUCUAUUUGGUUGGAACUGUCUAGCACCUUGGUUCUCAUACCCCAGCCGCACAGCAAUCAGAAGGAAGUUCAAUCUUGAGGGAAGCUGUGAGGCAUUUACUCGAUCUUGUGGCUGUUGCCGGGGCAUGAUUGAAGAUGAGGAACAAAGGGAACAUUGUGAAGCAGCUUGUGACUUUGCUACCCAUUUCUGUUGCCAUGCCUGCUCUCUUUGUCAAGAAGGGAGGGAGUUGCGUCGGAGAUUGCCUCAUCCAGGUUUUAACAAUCGCUCUGUGUUGGUCAUGAUUCCUCCAGUGGAGCAAGCAAUGGGUCGUGGAUUUUAGAUGCUUGUGUUCUCAAUCGUACAGCUCAAAAUUUGCCCGUUGGUGCUUAUGAUGUAGACUUACGCAUAAUACUUGAAAAAAGCGUGUGCAGUAGUGUAGAGUAAAUAUGUAACAUAUUAUGUUGUCUUUAAAGCCAUAACGAUAAGUGGAGUCUCAUCUUCUUUGCCAAGUUGCGUUGCAUCAACUUUGUGUUGGCUGUGGGACAUGUGCCAAUGUUAUUGUAUCUCUUGCCUGUUGGCUGUUUAUGAAGUGGUGACUUAUAAUUUACAAAA